UAUAAAAAGGCAGCUUUCCGCACGACGCAGCAUCUCUGGGGUUGCAGCUGAAGAGGUGACUGCUCCGAUCCUCCAACCAUGAAAUACCUGGCAACCUGCGUAGUCAUGGCCCUUCUAGGGUGCACCUGUGCCCUGCCGAGGUACAUGGACAAUUUCACCCCGGAGCAGAUAAAUGCUGAGUUGAAGUCCCUUUUUGGAUACGCAAAUGAGGACGCGGUGAUUGGCGCCAAGGGAAUCGACGAUUCGUUGGCUAUUAUUUUGGAUAAUUUCCGCACCUCGUUGCAAAACGGCUUUCCUGCCUACGGAAUUCCACCUCUUGACCCUUUGUUCCUUGAGCACGGAAAUAUUCGCAUCGAUAGCACCACCGCAGACUUGAGAGGAUCAUUUGACAAUGUGACGGUCAAUAAAAUCUCAGCGUACUUCAUUAACAACGUGCACAUGGACGUUCUGAGAAUGAAAGUUACGUUUGACCUUUUCUUCGACUCAAUCGACACCUUUGGCGACAGAUAUGACAUCGACGGCGUCCUUUCGGUCUUGCCCAUUUACGGAACUGGUCCAUUCCAAUUUUCACUGCUCAACGUCAGCUUAACUGGCGAGGUGAAGAUGGGUCUGGUGAACGGCUCCGUGCAAGUCGUAGAUAUGCCCGUGGAUUUGAAUUUCCCUGCCGUGUUUUCGAAUUUGGAGGGAUUGAUGGGAGGUGGCUCAAUGGCAGAGAUGGUCAAUCAGAUGAUCAUGGAUUUCGCCCCGACCAUUUUCAACGAAAUCAAGGCUCCAAUCAUCAGUGCAUUUGUUGGCCGUGUCGUUGCGUUUGCCAACUCCAUGCUGCAAGGAUUAACCUUCGAUGAACUGAUUGACAUAAUUUUGGGAAUUGGGGGAGCUAAAUGAAAUAUCAAUCAUAACUGUAAUCUUCGGAAUAUAAUGAGACUGUACCUGCAAUAAAUAUUAAAUAUAGGAUUUUUUACAAAAUGA